UACACAUAUUCAUUCUACUUUAAGAGAUCCCAAUUUUAACAGAAUAACACCUUACAUUCUUUAACUCUCCAUAGAAAAAAAAAAAAGAAAUCCAUGAAAAUGGCGGGCAGUUUCUUCAACUUUCAGAUUCAUAAUCCAAUCAGGGGUAGAAGGGUCAGAGCUCUACGACUGAAUGAUAUUAUCCCUAUCUUUGUCAUUGUCUUGUUCCUCUAUCUGUGGAUGUUCUCAACUAUUGUGAGAAUGGUGAUAAAUGGAAGAACAUUUCCCCCAGACAACCUUGAUCAAUAUCUGAAUGACACCCAUUUUGAUCUUUCAUUUCUCAAAUCAUUACCAGCAAAAACAAAGCAAUCACUGUCAAAAUCAAACUUGAAGCUCAACAAUAGAGUAACACACAUGCCCAAAUCUCUCAACCAAACUCAACUCCAUCUAGUCUCUUUAUCAUCAUCAACACCACCGCCGCCAACGCCACUAACACAACACCAAAUCCAAGAACAACAACUAAGCAACAUCGUGGCAGCAUUAAUCGGAGCAGGUGAUUUCGCGGGUUGGGCUAAUUUGUUAUCCUCAUCAGACUUAUCAUCACUCCCACUAACCGCAACUUUCUUCAUACCUGGAAACAAUGCCAUGUCAAAUCUUGAAACACAAAACUUAGACCCUUUCCUAAUUGCUUAUCAUAUAAUCCCACAACGCCUUCUUUUCUCUGAUUUACAACAGUUUAAACCAAACACUCGUAUACCAACUCUGUUACCUUCAAAAUUCAUUGUUGUGACUAACAAUUCUGUGUCCAAUUUUACUAUUGAUGGGUCACACAUUACGUAUCCAGAUGUGUAUGUGAAUUCUGAUUUUACAGUUCAUGGGGUUGAUAAAGUUCUUGAAUACUCAGUUUAUGGUGCUGAUCCUUUGUUUACAAGUCCACCAAUGAACUAUACUGUGCCUAAUAGUGAUGCUGAUACUGAUGAUGUUGCUGCUAGUCCACCAUUAAAGCAGCCAAAACCAGUGUUACCGUCGCUUUUUCCUGCUGGAAGGGGAUUUAAUGAUGGAUGGAAGAGUUCUGAUUCGACAAGUUCUUCAUUGGCUAUUGAGAAGUUUAUGAUGAUAAUAAUCUUUGUGUUUUUGAUUGUUAUAUUUUUGCUGCAGUGA